AUGUCUUCAGGGAUCAAAAUGGAAUCUGGGAACGUUGUCUCCCUUUCCUCACUACAGAACAUGAACCACAAGUCCCGGCAUAGCCAUGCCUCGGCUCUUCAGGACCUAUCUUCCAUUUCAAGGACUGCCAAGGAUGAAGAAAUUUCCCAGGAUCACUUUGUUUUGUCUUCAGGCCUACACCACACACAGGACAUUGACCAAUGGACACUAAGCACAUCAGACUCUAUGGAAUCCAGUCCAAUUGCUACCCAGCCCGAGACGCCAGAAGUCCAGUUGCUUUCAUACUCUUUCUCUCAACAGCUAGUUCCCGGCAAUUCAGGAAUUAACGACACAGGUGCCAUGUUCCACUCAUUAUCGGACAUCCAAGCCGCCGGAAAUUUGGGCGAGCAUGGUGAUAUGGACUUUCCCCACACACAGGACUUUACCCAAGCCUUUUCUACCAUGGUGGACUUUACGUAUGAUAAUGAUGAAGGAUGUAUGCGUGAUGACACUGCAUCCCCAGGACAUGCUUCUCACAGCGAGGACUGCCACUUAGUUUCCACUCAGGACACCUGGAAUUUGUCCUUGGACACGUCUAACUUUGCUGGAGCCGCUUUCGACCAAGUCUCUCACAGUCUUUCUGCACCGGUAUCGCCUCCUUUGACAGAGUCAGGCCACAUUUCUGUUACUUCUGCAUGCUCCCAAUCUGCAUAUCCCUUUCACAACCACGAUGAGACCUUGAUGGGCGAUACCACCGUCUGUGGUCAAAAUAUUAGCCUUGGAGACCCUUUUCUUCCCUUGACGCCUCCUCUGAAUGAGCAGGACCCCAACAGGACUAUCAGGCCAUCCAAGCAAGCGCAGCGCCCUCUUUUGUCGGCGUCUGCAUCUCGCACUGCCAGGAAAUCUGAUCCGGAAGCGUAUAACACAUCUUUGCCCAUGGGAGGAGAGACAAGCCGACGAUCCAAGGACGAUGGCGAAAUGAGGACCACCCCCAGGGACCACCCGUUCUACUCUUUGCCAACUCAGGGUGAUGGCAAGUAUUACUGCCCUUUUGCCACUGGCGAGCACGCAUGCAACCACACGCCCACCACGCAGAAAUGUGCUUAUCAUAAAUACCUGGACUCCCACUUGAAGCCGUACCGAUGUAAAGUUGCUGCAUGUUCGGCCCAGAACUUGCAUUUCUCUUCUAAUGCUUGCCUAUUCCGUCACGAGCGUGAAGCCCAUGGAUUCCACGGCCACGGAGAUAACCCUCACCUGUGUCUCUUUGACGGAUGCGACCGAGCUGUUCCUGGAUUUGGAUUUCCUCGUCGGUGGAACCUUUUCGACCAUAUGAAGCGGGUUCAUGACUACACUACCCAGGAUCAACCAAGCUCUCCGGAGACCACAACUGCCAGUGGCCCGAUUACUACCAAGAGAAAGGACAGCGCCGGUGUGCGUAAGAGGAAGGUCACCAAGCCCGUAGGCAGUGCCACGAUGAAACGCACCAAGUCCGCCUCUUCUCAAGGCAACCCCGUGAAAACCAACACUGCCCAGCAUGGACAAAGACUCCAGAACGCGGAGCGCAACUACAACAACUGCCGAUCACGCCUACUUGAGGAGCUGACUACCAUCAGACCCCAGGACUCUUCCAUGCACGAGAAGGUCAAUGCCAGUCUUCAGGAGCUCAUCACCUUGGGAUUGAACUACCGCCAGCUUGAAGCCAGCUCUGCUGCUACCCAAUUGGCCAAUGGCAUCUGCUCUUGA